AUGAUACCCGAGGGUCUGUCUGCUUUCACACUAGCGCUUAAUUUCGCGAGUAAUGUUUAUGAAAGACGACCAUUUUACGCCAGUACGUCAACUCUUUAGAUGUAUUAUCUGGUAGAGUUAUAUAGGACAAUUCCAUCCGUUCUCUUGAUUUACGGUAUCGGCGUUUUCAUAGAAAAGCUGAUGUUAAAACGCAAGCGAACAAGACUUCUGGCAAUCGAACACUACAAAUCUAUGUUUCCCGAGCGUGUUCCACAACACGGUAGGUUAUUUUGUUAGUAUCGCGAAAUACUUGUUGUUUGACAAACCUCGAGCUCCAGGUUUAAGAGUAGAGGCCGAGGCUCUAGUCUAGGUUCGUAUUUACUGGCCAUUAGAGCGGAUUCACUUGCAUUGGUGGCAAAGUGUUUGGUGAUUCGUAUUUCCUUCACAGAGGUGCUAAGACUGCCCGCUGGCGUCCAUUUGUACUCGUGCGCUUUAGCUGUCUAGGCUUAUUCUUACUUUUUCUACAAUCAACCCUCCAAUAGGUAACAUAUCCUUAUCCCUGUUUCUCACGAGCAAAUUGACCGUAAGUUACGCCUUUUGAGGCCACUUAAAACCAAUACACGAGGAGGAUGAAAAGAACGAAGAGCUCCUUGGCGAGUUCACGUGGUGAACUGCAUUUGCACUGACGUUUUGGACGUUUUCAGUUUCUAUUAGCAAAGUUGUGAAGUGACUCUGCUGGUCUUGUCUGUCUUGUUUUGUAACCGCGUCUGACACCUCUGUUCACAAAUGUUUAGCUUCGACCUUUCCCUGGCUGACCGCUGUAAUGGUUAGCUAUGAAAUAAGCAGUCUUUCGGGUCUGGCAAACGAACGAUCGCGGAAUACCAGUAGCAAUACUUCUGGGCGCAGUUGGUUAAGGUCUGGCACACCGUCUGUCUUCGAAAAUGCCGCAAAGCCCGGUAACGACACUGUGACAUGACGACUGUGAAGCGCCAUUGAAUUAGUGCUUACCACCUCCGCCUUGUGGUUAGGUUCUUGAUUCAAAACGCUAGAGGAGAAAAUCUCGAACACACAGUCCGAGCGGCAAUUAGGAACCCGCCAGCUCUCAAAAUCCUCAGGAAACCUCGUGGGAAUAUCCGACUAAAAUAUUACAAUCCAUGCUACGGCGUCCGCGGAGAUCGACGUGCUCCGCAAACUUGAUCUGGUGGUGCGAACGAACAGUAUGCGAGCUGAACUACUCAAUCGUUAACGGACUCUUGAUAAUGGAUGCUGGGAUGUGCGAAAGUUCGUGUACCUCGGCGCGCAGUCUUCACUACAGCGUGGAUGCCUGCUGCCUGUCUGUAGUCCGAAUCCUUGACUCAAGCCCUCUGGAAAUAAAGACCCCGGCAGUCAACUUCAGCAUUACCCUGUACUACAACGGUCCACUCGACUCUUUUGGUAGACACGAUGUGGCAAUCGCCUCACAACAAGCCAAACGCGCUCAAAUUGUGUGGAAACCUGUCAAUGACCAGAUAGCUUACGUGCUACUGAAGAAUCACUUUACGACAUCUAUCGCUCCCAUGUACGCACCAACAUUCUCUGCAGUACAGCGCUGUAAAGAGACCUACUCGAACCUGUAAUACUUAGUUGGGAGACCUCUGCUGCGAUCUGCUGCUUGUUGCAGGGGACCAUAAUGGUCGUACUGGACUCAGCGACAGUCACUGACUGUUUUGGACUUGGCUUUCGAUGCGACAUCGAUAAGAGGGUACUGAACUUUUGCCAGAACCAACGCAUGCUUCCAGCAUCGUCACAAGCAUUAGUUGACACGACAUUCAAAUGGCGGCCCUACGGCCGGUCAGCUCGACGACAUUCUACCUGGUUUAGGGUUCUGCAGCUGGGUUUACGGUAGCAGAUCGAUGCAUGUUGCGGAAACUGGUAACGCCUAUGGAUCGGACCAUGUUCUCAUACGCACACGCCUGAAAAUUAAUUUCUCGUCCUCACCCAAGAUGUCGCAUGCAAGACGCUUCAUUGUCGCAAAACUGACAACUUAGCACCGCUGAGGCUCUGAACACAGAAAUUCGACCCCGUUUUACGGCCCAAACCGACGGAAAAGGCGGUAGCUAAUGGUCAUCACUGAAGCUACCAGCCUAUGGGGCAACUGAGGAUCUACCCAGUGACGCUGCAAUGACUGCGUCAGCGGCUCAAAUCAGCUCCCACAACGAUAAUUUGUUCGGUUAACUCCGGAAAUUGACGGCAAAAUCGUCCAAGGGUGUCUGCAGAACUAUUGGGACAGCGACCUUCAUGGAGCAGACCUCAUACGCUGGAGACACUCGAGAACCCUACCAACUUAUUUACCAAGUUACUGGUAAACUCUCUUGACUGAGUGACCCUGUUAGCAAUGUGAAUGGUGACUUUAUUACUGGCAACUCGGCCAAGGUCGAUCGCUGGCUUAAGCACUUCAAGCUUUCUCUCGACCUCAAUGAUCAACCCACCAUAGCUUCGCUCUCCUCUGCAGCAGAGUUUCAUCCCUCGCAAAUCCAUGCAUUUUUGUGCGACCCUUUUUCGGAGGAAGAAUUUGCCGGUGUAAUACAAGGACUAAACAACAGCAAGGCACCCUGAGAAAGCGACAUUCUUGCUGAAAUUUGCAAGUUUUGUAUCGACACUCUGGCAUCUGUCUCCAUAAGGUGGUUGAGCAGGCUUGGGAAGAUCCAUUUUCUCCGAUGACUGGGCUCAGGCAUCCUAGUGCUUGCCUUUAAGAAGGGAGAUAAGACAUGGUGUGGGAACUACCGCGUUACGAACCACAUCAAAUUUACUGCGGUCUUCGCCAAUGUCCUUCUCAGACGAUUUCGGACUGUACGUGACUAGGAUGAGCCCAAUCAAACCGGAUUCCGAGCUAGGUGUGAAUGACUGGACCAGAUAUUUACAUUGAGGUGCCUUCUGGAAUUCAGCCAUGGCUACCAACAACUGAUGACCGCCUGCCUUGUUGAAAUCGCCGCAGCGUUCGAUUCCGUCCAUUGAGUCCCUGUGGCAGGUAAUGGAACUAGAUGGUGUGCCGACAGAAAUCAUCGCCAUGGUCAAGACCUACUAUCUCCUCACUACUGGGCGAGUUCUAGUCCACAAAAAUAUACUCCAACCGUUCGAGAUCCGGUCUGGUGUUCGACCGACUUGCAUCCUGUCACCCAUUCUAUUCACUAAGCUGUUGACUUGAUUAUCGGAAGGGUCCGACAAGGUUUUGAUAGUGUUGAGUAUGCUCUCGGAUGUCGGAUGACUGAUCUCAACUACGCUGACGAUAUCGCUCUGCUAACCCCGAGCUUUAGUGAUCUGCAAUCUGUAAUGUCGCAGGUGAAUGAAGUCCCGAAAUCCCUUAGCUCAUCCGUAAGCUCUGAAAAACCAAAGUGUUUUCAGGCCGCAUCCCUGGUCGGGAAAAGGCGCCCCUCAGGAUUAAUUAGCUGACAACUUUAAAAAACAGACAGUUUUAAGCACCUUGGACGAAACCUCUACUGAAUCAACAAAGGGCGAGAUUGUCUCCCGAAUCGAUGCUACUCGCAGGGUUUUGUCAAUCUCUAGAAAGCGCUUAUGGAUCCCGCACGACAUUUUUAUCGCCGCGAAGAUUCGCAUGUACCGUACAUCCGCCCGCUCAGUCCUCCUAUACGGCUCCGAAUGCUGGGCUAGAUCGGAUAUGAUGACAGCCGUACCAAGUAGGCACUGGACCAUUAACGGACUCGCGUGGCCUCUGUUCCCUUCGCGGCUGUCGUAUUUGUCACCGAAUUCGUGCGCCUGUUGACCCUGCUGUCCUACUCACUCGCAUGACGAUCAUCAGCACCGCGUCAGCAGCCACUUCAGACGAAGGCUAGGCCGUCGGUGUUCCAAUUUUUGCUCGUGAACCCGACCUUGGAAGAGGAAGAAAGUCCUGGGGCACGGCGGAGCCAGCCUUGGAAGGCUGCUAUUUGGUGAGAUAUGUCGGCCUUUCUCAGGAGUGAGCGUCAGGCUACACAAAGACGUGGUGGGAGAGGGUGUAGCACCGUCUUAGUGUACGUUAGGCAGUCCAUAGAACCUUAGCCAGGCCGGUCUGUCUUUAUCAUUGGACGGCUCUUCUGUGAUACGGCGGGUGUUGUCUUGAUCUGCGUCGCCAGCUUCUUCGUUGGGUCAGCAUCGCACCUGAAGAAUUUCUGACGGUCCUCGACAGGACCCUGACAGUACUACAAUACUCUUAUCAGCCUGUAGCGUCCUGAGGACAUCCUGCUGCGAUUUUGAAUCCUUUUGAAGGUUUUCAUUGGCUUAGGGUACAAGAUGAAUCCCCACUUUAGUUAGCUCCUAUUGGAAUUUGCUGGAAUAGGAGUUACGAAAAACUUGGUCACACUAGACGACGACCUUAUUGGGUGCAGGUUGAUUCAACUUCUGCCAUUCGUCAAUGCAGUUACCUCCACCAAUUUUGUAAAUAUUACACCCGUUCCUAACGAAUGACACUCAUCUGCGUUGGCCUUUCGCCUUUGGCGAAGACGCUAAUAAAUGCUUACGCAUUUCAGUCCUCGGGAUUAUUCUGGCAUAUUUUCCUUCUCUUUUUUAGUGGAGACUCUGUACGCUGACGUUAUUCAACCAUGGACACCCAAGCGAUGA